CUGGGCUAGAUUUCCUUGUGGCGGGCGGGGAGAAAUGCGAUGUGCAGGCGAUAUGAGUCGGACGAGUGCGGAGCGCGGAUUCGUUCUAGUACGUUAACAGAUUUCUUUCGCACUUUUAAAUUCGUAGUCAUACGGAUGCAAACUGAGUAGUGUUUCUCUCCGGUGCUUCGGGAAAGUGUUGCGGAUCGCACUUGGCGAAAUCGCUACUUUGUUUCUCUUAUGCGUAAUAGGCGCGGACGGUGCGCGUUACCCAAAAGCGGCCACGUCUUAAUAAAGUUACGCGUCCCAGAAAGGAGUGAAGUUGGAGGGCCCGUGGAUCACUUAAGCCGUGGAGUACUCUUGAGUCUCACUGGAUGGAUGGAUGGGUAUGGGGAGAGCAGGAUCUUACUACCCCGGGGCUGAGCGCCUCAUCUCUCCUGUACUCUAUCUACUAGUGCUGUGCACCAUCUCUUGUGUCACUCAUAUAGGUGAGGGCCAGGUGCAAACUCCACAGUGCCGGAUUCAGAAGUGCACCACCGACUUUGUCUCGCUCACCUCCCACCUCAACCCUUCGCUGGAUGGCUUUGACACUGAAUUCUGCAAGGCGCUGCGAGCCUAUUCCGCCUGCACCCAGCGGACCUCCAAAAGCUGCAGGGGCAACCUGGUGUUCCAUUCAGCCAUGCUGGGCAUCAGUGACCUCAUGAGCCAGAGGAACUGCUCUAAUGAUGGACCCACAUCGUCCACCCAUCCAGUCAUCCCCAUCGAACCGUGCAACUACCACAGCCAGCAUCAUCAUGCGUCGCAGCCCGGGGUGCCGGAACACCCUCGGCCCACCUACCUGUUCUGCGGCCUGUUUGGGGACCCCCACCUUAGAACUUUCAAAGACCAUUUUCAGACCUGUAAGGUUGAAGGGGCGUGGCCUCUCAUUGAUAACAAUUACCUGUCGGUGCAGGUGACAAAUGUUCCGGUUGUUUAUGGAUCCAGUGCCACGGCAACCAAUAAGGUCACAAUAAUCUUCAAACCAUACCAAGAAUGUACAGACCAGAAGGUCUACCAGGCCAUAACAGACGACCUUCCCGCCGCCUUCGUGGACGGCACCAUCAGCGGGGGCGACAGUGAGACCCGCAGCAUCUGGAUCCUAGAGAAGACACCGGGUCGACACGUCGAGAUCCACGCCGCCUACAUCGGUGUCAACAUUAUCAUACGGCAACAAGGCCGAUACCUGACGCUGGCUGUGCGGAUGCCAGAGGAGCUGGCCAUGACCUUCGACGAAACGCAGGACCUGCAGCUGUGCAUGAAUGGAUGCCCGACAUCAGAGCGCAUCGACCAAGAGGGACAUCUUCAUCUGCCCAUGCAGGGCCUCCAGCAGGCCGGCUUGCAGCAGCAGGCGAGGGCCGAAGCCCAGAGGGGGCUCUUCACCCUUGAAAGCGCCUCCAGUAAGUGCAGAGAACAGCUGGAGGUGAAAGACAUUUAUUUCCACUCCUGCGUGUUUGACCUGCUCACCACAGGAGAUGCGAACUUCACCACGGCCGCCUACAACGCCCUGAAGGACAUGGAGAUUCUGCACCCCAAGAGGGAGCGCUGGCAUAUCUUUCCGAACUCGGCCGCCGGGCUGAGGCCUUUUUCAUUGCUCUCACAUGCACUGCUGGUCGUCUUUCUGCUUGUUGCGCUUUUGUAAUGCGGACAGCGCUCCACUGACUGUUUCGUAAAAAAAGCAAAAACAAACAAAAAAUAACUUAAGGAGCUAAGGUUGAGACUGUAAAAAAUCGUAAGGGUAUUCUGUAUAUACUGUCUGUCCUGAGAAUGAAUGUUAGUAUCUUUGGUUAGACUGUAAAUUUAGUGUAAAUUACGUUUUCAUGAGAGCUGAAUAUUGUAGAUUUUUGUGAGUGAAUUUUUAGAAAUUUCAUGUUUUGGUCCUCGGAAGAGGAAAUCUUAAUGGAAGCACUUUAAUUUUUUUAACGGUUUGUUUUUGCAACUAGAUAACAGUGUUCAGUGAAACCCGUGCUCAAUAUUCUCUGUUAGCGAACUUCCUUGGUACACGCUGUGCUUUUCUCGAUACAUUUCCGUAGGUCUCUGUACAAAUCAGACCACACCAUUUUACUCUGUAAAACUACGUCAUGAUGUGGCUGGCAUAGCGAUUGUGAGGUUUAAGUAUUGUGUGGAUUAGACAUUCACUUCAUUUGUUAAGGUUAUAUAUAUAAAUUGUACUCCGAACUGUUGAUUAACGUUUAUCGGCAAAAACAAAAGGAAUAUACAGUACUACAGUACAGCAGACAGCUCGAAGUGCACUUAAUUCGGAAAAUGUUCAUUUUAAAUUUGUCAGUAGCGUGUAACAUUUUUAUCACUCACAAGUUUUACAAAUGACAAUCAGAAUUUUCUUUGCUUGAUACGAAAUCUGCCUAAUCUUACAUCAAUCAGUCCUGAAGAGCCAGUUGAGACAACGGCUGCGUCCGAAAUCGCCUACUUCCAUACUAUAUAGUAGGCGAAAAUGAGUAUGAGUCAUGAAUAGUAUGUAUGCAUAAACAGUAGGCGAGAAAUACCCGGAUGGUCUACUACUUCCGCCGAGUUCCUGAGUGUGGAUCGGAUGGACACUCCUCUAUCCCAUGAUGACACGAGAGCUGAGCAACGGUCAAAUUUCCUAAGUAAAUCAAAUAAAUAUAGCGGAAAACUUUAAGGCGGACGUCCGUUUUUAAUGUAAGUGCCAAUAAAUGAAUUUCUCAUGACUAAAUUAUGUUUUAUAAACGCUCAUGUAUAGAUUGUUGUUAAAACGUCAUGGGUCAAAGAGCACACGGGUCACAUGACCAUAAAACAUGGAUGGACGCAGUAUGUCCGAAAUGUAUUCAUACUACACCCACUCAUACUAUAUAGAACGUACUGUUUUAACGGCCGAUACGACUUAUUUAAAUUCAGUACGUACUGUCACAGCAUGCGAUUUCGGACGCAGCCUUCAGUAAUUUGUUUUUCAUAAUAAAAGUCCCCUCUUCUUUCAGUCUAAUAUCGACUCUAAUCCCACAGAAUGAACUGGAAAAUGAAUAUUGCGUAAGUGCAAAGAGGGUCCAUGUCUCAAACUGACUCCUUGCUAGAUUUCUUUUAUUAGCUUAGUUCUUUUUCGAAGCAAAAUAUUUGGCUAUUUGUUAAAAGUCUUACGUUGUCCUUGUUUUAUCCCUGACCAAAGAUAUGACCUCACGCAUUUCAAAUGUUUUGCCAGAUGUAGGGUUCACCUAUAGAUUUUGUUUCACCAAAAAUAUGGAAGUGAGUCAGACAGACCAUGAAAUAUUGUGUCAUUCUCUGUAGGAUUACUGCAUCAAUAGGAGAUUACAUUUUUGUCAUUUACCAAAAGGAUGCUGAAUGUAUAUCAUCAGUAACAUCAGUCAGAGGUUUGGUUGUGGCACGGUGGACAUUCAUUCAAACGAUUGGUGAAAUUGAAUCAGAUGCCUUCUGGGCCUUUACGGCGACUGCUUUGCUGUCCAGCUAUGGAAGUCCAUACCGACGCUCUCAUGCGCACGUUUCAAUACACGACUCGCUACUGUAGAGACGUCAUAGUUUAUUUGUUUAUUUACAACUACUGUCAGUGCUGAAGAGCUGCUACAUUACUGUGACAAGUGUAAUAGAUUGUAUUUGGAACACUGGGAGUUUCACAGACAGUGAUCGGCCGAAUCCUAAAACGGGAUUAUUUGAUUGGUCGGAUGGCCCCGAAACCGUGUACAGUGGGAUUUUUACAGAGUGCAAUUUACUGCAAAUGAACGCCUUCAUCCUGUGUUUUUCGCGUUUGAUCUCGUGAUCUCUUACUUUUGUUGUGAACAUUGUUUUCGUGAAGAGUGACUGCUCGAUGUUUAUACUUAAAUUAUUUAUGAAAUAUAGUGUCUUGUUAGAGAAGUUAAACUCCAUACUCUUGCUGUUGAAAAAACGUUUGAGAUGUGAUUGUACUGCCACCUAGUGGGUUGCCAUUGUUACAUCAGUGUUUUAGUAUUGUACGGAUGCUGUUUGAAAAAAAGGAAAAAAUGUGUUAUUUAAAACAAUAAAUGAAAAAUACGUAAUG